AUGAGCGCCCUCGCCGUGCCCAAGGGCGUCGCCGCCGUCCUGGCCCGCGCGCCGUCCGACGUCGUCCUGCUCUCGUCGCUGCGCACCCCCAUCUGCCGCGCCUACAAGGGCCGGCUCAAGGACGCGUACCCGGAGGAGCUGCUGGCCGCCGUGCUCGACGCCACGCGCCGCCGGCUGCCCGCCGAGGCCGUCGCCGCCGUCGACGACGUCGCUGUCGGCGUCGUCCUCUCCGAGCUGGGCGGCUCCAAGGCCGCCCGCAUGGCCCUCGCCCACGUCGGCUUCGAGCCCGCCCACACCUGCCUGUACACGGUCAACCGCGCGUGCGCCUCGUCGCUGCAGGCCGUCGCCGACGUCGCCGCCCGCCUCCGCACCGGCGCCGUCCGCGUCGCCAUCGCCGCCGGCAUGGAGAGCAUGACGCGCAACUACGGCUCGCGCGCCGUCCCCGUCCACCUGUGGCCCGCGCUGCGCGACUCCCCCGUCCAGGAGGCGAGGGACUGCGUCAUGCCCAUGGGCCUGACGAUGCCUUUGCCGCCGCCUCGCAUCGCCGCGCCGCCGCUGCCCGGGACGCCGGCCGCUUCGACGCCGAGACGGUGCCGGUGA